AUGCCACAAUUACUUUAUCAUCAUCCUCCACCACCACCGGAACCAAUACCACCUAUUCCACCUCGUAUUCGUUCACGUCCACCAUCUCGACAACAACAACAACAAACAAUAUCAUUAACAUCUAAUCAUCAAAAAACAAAUUUUGUUCGACUUGAUGAUUUACCAUUACCUGAUCGUGAAUGGCAAUUACUUGAAAAUAUUGGUGAUGGUACCUAUGGAGAAGUAUUUCGUGCAAAAAAUAUUCGUAAUCCUGAUUUUAAUGCUGCUGUUAAAAUUAUGCAUUUAACUAAUGAAGUUCUCGAAGAAAUUGAACAAGAAUAUCGUGUACUUCUUGAACUUUCAAAUCAUGAAAAUCUUUGUCGUUUUUAUGGUGCUUAUUUAAAACGUGGUUCACCACCAUUACCACCUCCACCUCGUAAUCCAAUUAUUUCAUCACCAACACUUAUUGAUAAAACAAGUUUACUUUCCGUAGAAACUAAUUCAAUAAAUAGUUUUAUUAGUCCAACAGCAGCAUCUACAGUUUAUCAACUUGAUCAAUUAUGGUUAGUUAUGGAAUUAUGUACAAGUGGUAGUGUUACUGAUUUAGCUAAAUCAAUGCUUAAAUCAAAUGAACGUCUUGAUGAAUCAAUAAUUGCUUAUAUUAUGCGUGAAACAUUAAAAGCUUUAUAUCAUCUUCAUUCAAAUAAUGUUGUUCAUCGUGAUGUUAAAGGUCAUAAUAUUUUAAUAACAGGUGAUGGUCAUAUUAAAUUAAUUGAUUUUGGUGUUAGUGCUUAUCUUAAUCUGACAAAUGGACGACGUAAUACAUCAGUUGGUACACCAUUUUUUAUGGCACCUGAAGUUAUUGCAUGUGAAAGACAAAUGGAUUGUAAUUAUGAUACACGUGCUGAUGUUUGGUCAACUGGUAUUACAGCUAUUGAAAUAGCCGAAGGUGAACCUCCACUUGCUGAAAUGCAUCCAAUGCGUGCACUUGUUUCUAUACCUCGAAAUCCACCUCCAUGUUUACGUCAACCUGAAGAAUGGUCAAAUGAAUUUAAUGAUUUUAUUCGUCAAUGUUUAAUAAAAGAUUUUGAAGCUCGACCUACAGUUGCAUAUAUGUUAAAUCAUCCAUUUCUAACGCAAAUACCUACUGAUGGUAUUGAAGCACGUCGUCAUAUUGUACAAAUUGUUCAACGUAAUAAACGUUGUUAUGAUUUAUGUGUUAAAAAAACAAGUCGUGAAACAUGUGGAGUUAAAAAUGGACAUAUUAGAGGAAAAUCAGAAACAUGUUCAUCAAUUGCUAUUGAAACAGCAACAAUAGUAUAUUCACCAACUGUAGAGCCAAUUAUUCAAUCUUCAAAACGUAUGUUACAAAUGAUUAGUAAACCACAUGAAAGUCAUAAACGACCAGCACCACCACCACCUAUUGACAAUGGAUGUCAUAAUCAAAAUUAUAAAACAAAACGAAAAUCUCAAUCUCAACGACAACAAAAACAAAAACAAAAACAAAUAUCAAGUGAUAAUCGUUCAUCACAAGUUUAUUUAUAUGAUCAAAAUUCUGAUGAUAUAUCUCUUCGUCAUCCGUCAAUGAAAAAAAAAUCUUCUAAUAACUAUUUUUAUAAUUCAACAUAUGAUUCAUAUUAUCCAAAUAAUUCCAUAUCAACAGAUGAUUUAGCACAAUUAGAAAAUUUUGAUGAACAAUCAAUAAUGACUUAUAUGUAUAAUAGAUUUUUAUCAAAUCAAAUUUAUACUUAUAUUGGUGAUAUUCUUGUUGCUGUUAAUCCAUUUCGUUCAUUACCUAUAUAUGGUAAAGAUGCAAUGAUACGUUAUCGUUCAUGUAUAAAACGUGAACAACCUCCACAUAUAUAUGCAUUAGCAGAUUUUACUUAUCAAGCUAUGUUACAUGAUUUAGAAAAUCAAUAUAUUGUUAUAUCAGGUGAAAGUGGUUCGGGUAAAACUCAAUCAGCUAAUUUUCUUGUUAAACAAUUAACAUUUCUUGGUAAUGCACCAAAUAAAGGUUUACAAGAAAAAAUUCUACAAAUUAAUCCAUUAAUUGAAGGUUUUGGUAAUGCACGAACAAUAAUUAAUGAUAAUUCAUCACGUUUUGGUAAAUAUCUUGAAAUGUUAUUUACUAGACAAGGACGUGUUACAGGUGCACGUUUAUCAGAAUAUUUAUUAGAAAAAACUCGUAUUGUUAAUCAAGGACAUGCUGAAAGAAAUUUUCAUAUUUUUUACUAUUUAUUUCAUGGUUUAGCAUCAUCAUUACCAAAUGAUGAACAAGCUUUUUAUUUAUCUAAAAAUCAAAUAUAUAGAUAUUUAAAAACUGAUUUAAGUGAUGAACAUGAUUUAUCAGAAAAUUUUAAAGAAAAAUUUAAAACAAUUGAAAAAUGUUUUGAAAUUAUUGGAUUUCAAUAUGAUGAAAUUAAAUCAAUUUAUCGUAUAUUAGCUGGAUUAUUACAUCUUGGAAAUAUUAAUUUUCAUCAAAAUGAAGGAUAUUUUAUUGAUGGUAAAACAUGUUUAACAGAUCGAUAUUUAUUAAAUAUUGUUUGUGAAUUAUUUGGUUUGGAUAUAACACAAUUUGAUUUAGCAUUAACAACAUGUAAUAUUGUUACACGAGGUGAAACUAUUCAACGUUCAACAACAUUACAAGAAUCACAAGCAACAAGAGAUGCAAUGGCGAAAGCACUUUAUAAUCGUUUAUUUUCAUGGAUUGUUAAUCGAAUUUCAGCACUUCUUUCACCAUCAGCUAUUAUAUCAAAAGAUAAAUCAAAUACAAUUCUAGAUGAAGAUUCAAGUAUACGAUCAUAUACAGUUAAUAAUUAUAAUACAAAUAAUAAUAAUAAUCAAGAUGAUCAAAGUGAAAAUGAAGUUGAUGAAAAUUUUGAUACAGAAUGUGAUACAAAUAAUCCAAAUUUAACAAUGAUUACAUCAUAUCCACCACCAACAGUUAUGUGUGCAAUGCGUCGUACACUUGAUUAUCUUGAUAUGACACCAUCAUCAACAAAAUUUUUACUUCAAUUACAACAAUCUGAAGAUGAUAAUGAUGAUGAUAUUGAUGAUAAUCUUUUAAAUAUAAAUAAUAAUAAUAAUAUAAGUAAUAAUUCAUCACCAUCACCAUCAUCACCAAGUCCAAAUAGUAAUAAUCAAACAUCGAAUAAAAUAAAUGAUUUAAAUAAUAAAUCAUUAUCUGAACAUUGUCAAAAUGAUGAUAAACCAAUUAAAAAUUUAAUUGAUAAUUGGACAAAAGUUGUUGCUGCAUCAUCAAAUGGUAUAUCAAUGAUUGAUAAAAAAAAUUUUUCAUCAAAACAUGGUCGUUUGAAUUUAUCAAAUCGUGCAACAAGUGAAAUAAAUUUAUCAUUAAGAAAACAAACUGUUGAAAAUAAUCUUAAAAAACAUUAUCAAUCAUCAAAUAAUCUUUCAACUAAUACAAAACAAUUAUCAUCAUCAUCACCAUUUUCUAUUUCAACAAUUAAACAAAAUACAUUAUUAAUCCAACCAAUUAAUGAAUUACAAAAUGAUAAUAAUGAACUUAAAAUAGCUAUUUUAGAUAUAUUUGGUUUUGAAAAUUUUUCAACAAAUACAUUUGAACAAUUAUGUAUUAAUAUAGCUAAUGAACAAAUUCAAUAUUAUUUUAAUCAACAUGUUUUUGCAUGUGAAAGACAAGAAUAUAUUAAUGAAAAUUUAGCUGUUUUACCAUUGCCACCUAAGAUGGAUUUUACAUUUUAUGAUAAUAGACCAUUACUUGAUAUGUUUCUUAAUAAACCAGUUGGAAUGUUAGCAUUAAUUGAUGAAGAAAGUCGUUUUCCAAAAGCAACUGAUUAUACAUUAGUAGAUAAAUUAAAUGCAAAUUUUUCUAAUUCACCAUCAUAUAUUCGUUCAAAAUCAAGUUUUUCAUCGAGUUCAAUAUCUUCAGUAUCAUCAUCAACACAUCAAUCAAUUCCAUCAUUUUCAAUAAUACAUUUUGCUGGACAAGUUCAAUAUGAUGCACGUGGUUUUCUUGAAAAAAAUCGUGAUUAUUUAGCACCAGAAAUUAUACAAAUUUUACGUUCAUCUAAUGUACAAUUAAUUAGUACAUUAUUUCAAUUGCCAUUAACAAAAACGGGUACAUUACAAGAAAAUGAACCUCAACGUUAUAAUCCAAUACAUACAGAAUCAAAUUUAGAUUUAAUAAAUACAUUAGUACCAUUAAAUGCUAGUCAUAAUCGUAUACAAGCAACUGUUACAACUUAUUUUCGUUAUUCAUUAACAGAGCUUUUUUCAAAAAUGAUACAUGGUUCACCAAAAUUUGUUCGUUGUUUUAAACCAAAUAAUGAUCGAAUACCUGGUUGUUUUGAUACUCAAACUGUUCUUGAACAAUUAAAAUAUAGUGGUAUUUUAGCGGGUAAAUUUUCUUUUGAUAAGUGUGAUUUAUAUUGA